UUCUUGAGUUGUGCCACAAGUGGAAACUGCCAUUAUGCUAUUGCCUCGACAUCUUCCUGCUCUGACCUCGAGCUCGUGCUUUCCUCAUUCUACAAAUAUCAAAAGAAAUUCUUUCUAGCGUGAUUUGUCCACAUCUCCGUGCCAUUGCCAGAAUUGCUCGAUUUGCGAUAGUAAUUUCAAUCAGUCACAGCCACGGGAUGAUGUGGUCAAAACUCCUGAUCUUGUUUGCCUUUGUGCCAGCACUGGUAAGCUCUUUGGCACCAACAGACGAAAUUCGAGAUGCAGAUGCACCACAAUCCGGCUAUCUAGAUAACCAUAAUAUGCACCCUGCGACAGUUGGGUCUGCGAUAUUUGGGAUUCUAUGGAAAAACAACUAUGGGAGUAAUAAGGAGAAAUGGUACGCAAAACCAUUAGUAUACACUCCACCUGGCAGAUCACAGUUGGUAUUCCUUGCGUCAUCAAUGAAUGUAAUACGAACUUUGGAUGCCGUUAAUGGUACUUUGUUGAACUCGCGAGUUAUUCAGCCACCUUUCCUCCAAAGUGAUCUUGGGUAAGUAGAACUGAAUAUCUGAUCAAAAUUCAGCUGAUCCAGAUAGAUGUACCGAUAUCCCUGAUUUUAUUGGUAUUAUUGGUACUCCUAUUAUAGAUGCAUCAACGAAUAUCGUAUACUUUUUCUCCAAAGGAUAUAAAAAUGGUGCUGCUAGUGGAGGGGUUGUUAAUGGUAUGGGAUAUUGUAAUGCGCAAGGUUUUGUGCUGACAAGUGGGUAGGGCUCUACAAGUUCUAUGCUGUAGAUAUCAUCACACUCCAAGAUAUUCCUGGGUUUCCCGUUCUCAUUGAUGGUAAUUUCGCAGAUAAUGAUAACGCAAGGUAAAUGGUAUUUUCCCAGGCCGAUGCCAAUUAUACUUAUAUUUACAGGUAUUUUCUUGGCGGCACAGUUCUUCAGAGACCAUCUAUUACCUUAAUUAAUGGAGUGGUGAUUGGCGCAUUUGGGGGGCAUUGCGACCUCUUUAAUUAUACUGGAAUGUUGGUUGGAGUUAGCACAACCCCUGGAGUUGGUGUUACAUCCAUAUUUGCCAUGGAGUCUAGCCCUGGAGCUCCGCCUGUCGUGGCGGAUUUUAAUAUCCAACAAGGUGGAAAGGCUGGAAUAUGGCAAGGAGGUAUGGGUCUUGCAACUGAUGGAAAUCGCCUAUUUCUUGCCACGGGGUAAGUUGAAUAUGCUUGAUUAUCUACUUUGCAAACAGUGUGUUAAUUCUGCCCAGUAAUGGCGAAGGACAUGCCAAUGGUGAUGUACCGGCAUCAGGAAGAACUCCCCUAUCGACCUUGGACGAAGUCGUUGGAAAUUUUGCUGUUUCUACCACCGGUAAAAUUACUUUGUCGGAUUAUUUUGAGCCUUACGAAUAUGUCUCAAUGGAUGCUGGUGAUCGAGAUUUAGGAUCUGGUGGGGUGGCCCUGUUAGACCCUACUGUGUUUGUCGGCACCGGAGUUUCACGAAUCGCAAUUGUUAUUGGGAAAAAUGGAAAAGCAUAGUACAAGAAUAACCAGAACUUUUAAGUGAUUAUGGCUAACAAUGAUUUAGUAUCUUGAACGCAAAUAAUCUUGGUGGAUUCAAGCAAGGGCCCGGAGGUGAUGCCGCAGUCAUUGUUAUGUGUAUUUUGAUUGACAAUCAUGCAGGAACCGACAAUAUACUCCAAACGAUCAUUGCGCAAGGCUCUAUUUUCGCUGGUCCGGGUUCAUAUCCACUUGAAGGUGGUUAUAUCUAGUAUGUUGCUACCAGAUAUUUUUACAGCUAAGACUAUUCUAACGCAAUACAGCUUUACUCCUGUUGGUGGGUGAUACGUCGAUUAUAGAUCGUAAAACAUAUGUUAAUAGCGAAUAAAACGUUUAGGCUUUCCGACAGUCUGUUACAAGCUAGGGCACGACGAUCAAGGCGCGCCACUUUUUACUUUGUUCGGACAGAGCGCAACAAACUCCGCAGGGUCUGUUGGGAUAGGUAAGAACGUGAGUAUGAUAUCUUUCUACGACGGGGCUAAGAAUUCACUAGGGAUACCGACCACAACUACUUACAAAGGUCAGGCUGGUACAGGGAUUCUUUGGAUUUCAGAUCCAAAUGCUGGACUAAAAGCAUAUAAUGCUGUGCCUGUGAAUGGAAUCCUGACACCAAUACCGCUUCCACCAACUGGAGGUCUUAACAAGUUUCAGCGUCCCGCUUUUGGAGAUGGACGAUUAUAUGUUUCAGACACGAAUGGUAAUGUCAUAUGCUUAGGAUCCCCGGUUGCUUUACCUCUUCAAUGUACUCAACCUGUCGACUUUGGUCAAGUUGCCAUUGGCUCAAUCGGUACUCAGAUUAUCAACUGCACUGCACAAAUUGCCAUUACUUCAGUGAAUGGAUGCACCACGGGCGAUAAAACUUGGCAAUGUGUCAAUUCAACCUUACCACAAGGGCCAUUAGCUCAAGGUGCAAAUUUCUCGUUUCCCGUGACCUGGAAUCUUACCCAAGCUUCCAUUAAUGAUGCCCAGAACGCAUCUUUUGGGCAUGUUCUACCUGGAGUGGCCAGCACGAGUCUGGAUCUCUAUACCACAAAUGCAAUACCUAAGUAUAGUACUCUUGUUCCUGUUUCUCUCUCUGGUACGACUGUUAGCAAGGGACCAUUUCUGGAUAUUGCACCUGCAGAAGUUGAUCUGGGUGGCAUUGUUGUAGGGUCACAAUCGGCACUUACUGGCUUGAGUGGGACUGUAAUUAUUUCAAACAUUGGGGCACAGGUUAUGAAUAUUUAUGGCUCAGCCUGGACUCCUAAUAUCGCGCCCGAUGGUGGUGGUAAGCCUACCAAUUUCACCAUUUUGGACAUUGAGCUCUGUUUGAUAUAGAUUUGGCCGUUCAUGGCUGUCUUUCCUUUGCGGUGGACGAGUAACAUUCUUGAUUUACGAUUAUAAAAUUCCAUGGCUAAUGAAACAACACCAAUAGCUCCAAAAUACACAAAUAUUACAAACGGAAAUCUCGGAAAUGGUUUCAGCACAACAGCCAUACCAAAGGCUGGUGACACAAUUGCAAGUGGAGGCUCAGUGACAGUUCCAUUAAACUUCAUAAGCAAUAUUACUGGAGCAUAUUCAACAUUUGUUGAAUUCUGGACAAAUGGAGGUAACGGGAAUGUCUUCAUCACUGGCAGUGCCUCCACAGCACCAGUUGCCAAUAUCUCAAUUGCUACAAUUGAAGGGGGUUGGGAUUUCUCAGAGCCAAUAGUAAUGAACUUUGGAAAUGUUUUGGCUGGGAAGACUGUCACUUCCUACAUUCGGAUUUGUAAUUCGGGCGGAUCAGCACUUCUCAUCACCAAGAGUAAGCCACCUAUUGAUACAGAACUAUUAGCUCCCGAUUCCGCCGUGGACCUUCAUGAAGGUCAAGUCAUUGAGGUUAAUACUUGUGCCACGGGCGCUGUUUCUAUCGUUGCCGCUCCUCUUGGAGUAAAUAGGCUCGACCAUACUGUUUCUGAUGUGUGGAUUUUGAAUACUGAGUAAGUGCUUUCCAUUCUAUCAAUGUGUUACUAAUGAAGACAGCGACAUCACAUUCGGUAUCCAUGACGUUCAAGUCACAGCCAAUAUUGUAACAAGGCAACUCGGACCUUUGCUGUCAAAUGGAUCCGCAGAGUAUCUAUACCUGGGUUGCUAUUACGAUGGUGGUGGCCGACAGUUACAGAAACAAUAUAAUAAUGCUACCAAUGAGAAUGGAUGGUGCUUGACGAAUUGUUUCAAUUUGGGAUAUAAGUUUGCUGGCACGGAGUAUCGUAAGUAUUAUAUUCCCAAGUACAAUGCAAGUUGGUAGCUAAUUUAAAUUAGAUACAGAAUGCUGGUGUGGAAAUAAUGCUCCAACGGCAGCAAAGUAGUAAGUCCGGCAUCCAAAUUUGCAAGUUGGAAUGAUUGACCUUCUAAUAGUAGCGACUCGUCCCUGAAUAAAUGUGCAUUCAGCUGCCCUGGAGAUAUAACGCAGGCAUGCGGAGGAGACGGGACAUUUGUAUCUGUUUACUAUGAUAGGACCAAGUAUGUUCCUGGUCCAGAUUCAAUCCCUGGACUCUCGAAUCCUCCAAGCAGCAGCAGUAGUUCAAGCUCUACUUCCACAACAACGUCCUCCUCUUCAUCCCCGUUGCCAGCUAGCACCUUGCCCCAAAAUUCCACUACUACCUCUACUAGCACUGCAACCUCAACUACAACUUCCACUUCUACUUCGACCACCUCAGUCGUACCAACCUCCACCGGCCCUGUAAUUAUCCAAAGUAUCGGCUCAUAUUAUUUUGUGGGAUGCUAUACCGAGGCCACCACCGGGAGAGCUCUAAAUGGGAAGAGCUAUGCAAACGAUAGUAUGACUAUCGAAAGCUGUUAUUCUUUUUGUUCAGCUUUUGCCUGGUUUGGUGUUGAAUAUCGGAGAGAGUGUAUGGACUCCUCGAAAAUCCUGCUUUUAAGAUGAAGCUGAUUCCUUUUUAGGUUAUUGUGGGAAUGUUGUUAAUGCAGGUAGUGUAGUGUCAACAAAAGGAAAUACUUGUUCUUUGGUGUGCAUGGGAAAUCCUUUAGAAUAUGUAAGUCCCAAUUUUGAUCCGUGCAAUCGAAUGGAGAUUACUGACCGCCAUGAUUUGAUAGUGUGGUGGAUCCUCUCGUUUGCAAAUGUAUCAUAGUGUUGCGGGCGCUAGUUCAAGCUCCAGCUCAUCUUCAGGCUCCGUUUCUUCGGCCCGCCGUUCGAAGUGAUGUGGCCAAUCCCCCAAUACUCCUCUUCUAGUGCAUUAGUCUCCAUAAUCUCAACCAUCAAAUCAUCUGUCACAGUACGCAGCCCACCACUGCUUCAAUAUCUUCUUCAAUUACUUCUCCCUUAUUGAUCACAAUCCAUC